UCAGGAGCAGUUACAGCCCAGGACAAGAAAGCUGGCAGAGGCUAAAUUUAUACACCCCCUGCCCCAGCGGUGUUUCUUUACAGUCCAAGAAUCCUAGCUCAGCAGAAAAAAGUACCGAACACUUAGGGGAACCUCAGCAGUAAGUAGAAGGGCGAGGGAAGGGGGCAGCUCUUUUUCACUGCCUGGGAGACUCGGAUGACUAAGAAAGAAGGGGAAAACAAAGAAAAAAAGUAUAGAGAUAUAUAACGGUGAAAAUGGAGCCUAAUGCCGUAAAUGCGGACAGCAGUUCUUUGCAACUAAGGAAAAUGCAAAAAGAAAAAGCCAAGAAGUUGGCUAUCGCGGCUUCGAACCGGCCUGCCCGGGCACUUUUUUGCCUCAGUCUGAAAAACCCACUAAGAAGGGCUUGCAUCAGCAUCGUGGAAUGGAAACCGUUUGAAAUCAUUAUAUUACUGACCAUUUUUGCCAACUGUGUGGCACUGGCUGUUUUUCUGCCCAUGCCUGAAGACGACACCAAUUCAAGUAAUGCCACCUUGGAGAAAGUGGAGUACAUCUUCCUGAUAAUCUUCACACUAGAGGCUGCUAUGAAGAUAAUAGCAUAUGGGUUCUUAUUUCAUCCAGAUGCAUACCUACGUAAUGGUUGGAAUAUAUUAGACUUUGUAAUUGUCUUUGUCGGGCUUUUCACAGUCAUCCUAGAGCAGAUUAGCCGCUUUGACGGUGUGUAUACCCCAAGAGGCGGCAAAGGAGCAGGAUUUGAUGUCAAAGCACUGAGAGCAUUCAGAGUCCUCAGGCCUCUCCGACUAGUUUCAGGUGUUCCAAGUCUGCAAGUUGUGUUGAACUCUAUUAUCAAAGCCAUGGUACCUCUCCUCCAUAUUGCUUUGCUUGUACUUUUUAUGAUCAUCAUUUAUGCCAUCGUUGGACUGGAGCUCUUCAUGGGUAAAUUGCACAAAACCUGCUAUUACGUCAACACAGAUAUUAUUGCUCAGACUGAAAAUGAGAAGAUAGCGCCAUGUGCCAGCACUGGACAUGGGCAUCAGUGCCCCAUGAAUGGCACAGAAUGCAGAUCAGGAUGGCCAGGACCAAACGAUGGAAUUACCCACUUUGAUAACUUUGGCUUUGCAAUGUUGACAGUAUUCCAGUGCAUUACAAUGGAAGACUGGACAGAAGUCCUUUACUGGGUAAAUGAUGCAAUUGGAAAUGAGUGGCCUUGGAUAUAUUUUGUUAGCCUCAUUCUUUUGGGGUCAUUCUUUGUCCUUAAUCUCGUUCUGGGUGUCCUCAGUGGUGAGUUCACAAAAGAGCGAGAAAAGGCUAAAUCCCGUGGCACUUUUCAGAAACUGCGAGAGAAGCAACAACUGGAUGAAGACCUGAAGGGUUAUCUUGACUGGAUAACUCAUGCUGAGGUCAUGGGUAUUGACCUAGAAGGAGGAGAAGGCUUGUUGCAGGCUGAAGAAGGAGGCUCUGAAACAGGCAGUCUGUACGAGAUUGAAGGGAUUAACAAAUGUCUUCUAUUUAUUAAAAGAUGGCGCCAUUGGAACCGUUUAUUCCGCAGGACAUGUCGGACAGUAGUAAAAUCUGCUUUCUUUUACUGGCUGGUCAUUCUCUUGGUGUUCUUGAAUACUGUGUCUAUAGCAACAGAACAUUAUAACCAGCCUGACUGGCUUACAAACGUGCAAGAUACUGCAAAUAUUGUGCUCCUGUCCUUAUUUACAGCCGAAAUGCUGCUAAAGAUGUACGCCCUAGGGCUUCGGCCCUACUUCAUGUCACUGUUCAACCGAUUUGAUUGCUUUGUAGUAUGUGCAGGCAUUAUUGAAUCCAUCCUAGUGUACGUGAAGAUUAUGACUCCUUUAGGAAUCUCUGUUCUCCGAUGCAUUCGUAUUCUGCGGAUCUUCAAAAUAACAAAGUACUGGAACUCCUUGAGUAACCUUGUGGCCUCCUUGCUGAACUCUGUCCGUUCCAUUGCUUCCUUGCUGCUUCUCCUCUUUCUCUUCAUUAUCAUCUUCUCCUUGCUGGGGAUGCAACUCUUUGGAGGGAAAUACAAUUUUGAUGAUAUGGAAGUCAGAAGAAGCACAUUUGACAACUUCCCCCAGGCACUCAUUAGCGUCUUCCAGAUCCUUACAGGUGAAGACUGGAACUCAAUUAUGUAUGAUGGAAUCCUGGCGUAUGGAGGCCCGUCCUUCCCUGGAGUUCUUGUCUGCAUUUACUUCGUUAUACUUUUCGUUUGUGGUAACUAUAUUCUACUGAACGUCUUCUUGGCUAUUGCUGUGGACAAUCUCGCAGAGGCAGAGAGCUUGACCUCUGCACAGAAGGCUAAAGCUGAAGAAAGAAAAUUAAAGAAAUUGGCAAGAUCUGCCAUGCCAGAUAAAUCUGAUGAAGAGCGACAGCUGCUGGCAAAGAAACUGGAGCAGAAGGCAAAGGGUGAAGGAAUUCCGACCACUGCAAAGCUUAAAAUAGAUGAAUUUGAAUCCAAUGUAAAUGAGAUCAAGGACCCCUAUCCAUCUGCUGACUUCCCAGGGGAUGAUGAAGAGGAGGAGCCUGAUAUUCCCCUGAGCCCUCGUCCUCGCCCACUUGCUGAAUUGCAGCUCAAGGAGAAGGCUGUCCCCAUGCCAGCUGCAAGUUCCUUCUUUAUUUUCAGCCCAACUAACAAAAUACGAGUACUGUGCCAUAGAAUUGUCAAUGCUACCACCUUCACAAAUAUCAUUCUGCUGUUCAUCUUACUCAGCAGUGUCUCCCUGGCAGCUGAGGAUCCAAUCCAGCCUGAGUCCUUUAGGAACCAGGUCCUGGCUUAUUUUGACAUUGUAUUCACAUCUGUCUUCACUGCAGAAAUAGUACUGAAGAUGACUACAUAUGGAGCUUUCCUUCACAAAGGCUCUUUCUGUCGAAACUAUUUCAACAUUCUGGACUUGCUUGUUGUUGCAGUCUCUCUUAUUUCAUUUGGAAUCCAAUCCAGUGCUAUCUCUGUAGUGAAGAUUCUGAGGGUGUUGAGAGUCCUCAGGCCCCUGAGAGCCAUCAACCGAGCAAAGGGUUUGAAGCAUGUAGUCCAGUGCGUGUUUGUUGCUAUUCGAACAAUAGGAAACAUCGUCAUUGUCACAACACUUCUCCAGUUUAUUUUUGCCUGCAUUGGAGUCCAGCUGUUUAAGGGCAAAUUUUUUAGCUGCACAGAUGUUUCCAAGAUCACACCAGAAGAGUGCAAUGGGAUGUUUGUUGUGUAUAAAGAUGGCAAUGUAAACCAGGUGGCGUUACAUAAGAGGAUGUGGAUGACUAGCGGUUUUAACUUUGACAGUGUACCGAAUGCCAUGAUGUCCCUCUUCACUGUUUCAACCUUUGAAGGUUGGCCUCAGUUGCUGUAUAAAGCUAUUGAUUCACACACUGAAAACAUGGGACCCAUCUACAACAACCGUGUGGAGAUGUCCAUCUUCUUCAUUGUUUACAUCAUCCUUAUCGCCUUCUUCAUGAUGAACAUCUUUGUAGGUUUUGUCAUCGUGACCUUCCAGGAGCAGGGAGAGCAGGAAUACAAGAACUGUGAACUAGAUAAAAACCAGCGCCAGUGUGUCCAGUAUGCCCUGAAGGCCCGACCCCUGAGGCGCUACAUUCCCAAGAAUCCAUACCAGUAUCAAGUCUGGUAUGUGGUGACGUCUUCCUACUUUGAGUACUUGAUGUUUGCUCUGAUCAUGCUCAAUACAAUAUGUUUGGGAAUGCAGCAUUAUGGUCAGACAAAAGAGAUCAGCCACCUAUCGGAUCAGCUAAAUGUUGUGUUUACUGUGCUCUUCACCCUAGAAAUGUUUCUCAAGCUUGUUGCAUUUAAACCAAAAGAUUACUUUGGAGAUCCCUGGAAUGUCUUUGAUUUCCUUAUCGUCAUUGGCAGCAUUAUUGAUGUCAUCCUGAGUGAAAUUGAUACUGCUCUUGCUUCCAGCGGUGGACUGUAUUGCCUGAGCGGCGGCUGUAGUGGCCUUGAUUCUGAAGACACAUCCAGGAUUUCCAUUACCUUUUUCCGGCUCUUCCGAGUCAUGAGGCUGGUGAAGCUGUUAAGUCGAGGUGAAGGAGUCCGUACACUCCUGUGGACCUUUAUCAAAUCUUUUCAGGCCUUGCCAUAUGUUGCUCUUCUGAUCGUUAUGCUGUUUUUCAUCUAUGCUGUCAUCGGCAUGCAGGUGUUCGGUAAAAUAGCCAUGGUAGAUGGGACGCAGAUCAACCGGAACAAUAAUUUUCAAACAUUCCCACAAGCUGUGCUGCUGCUUUUCAGGUGUGCGACUGGAGAAGCCUGGCAGGAGAUCAUGCUAGCGUGCACUUACGGCAAAUUAUGUGACGCAAAUUCAGACUAUGCUCCAGGAGAGGAAUACACAUGUGGCACUUCCUUCGCAUACUUCUACUUCAUCAGCUUCUACAUGCUUUGUGCAUUCCUUAUAAUUAAUUUGUUCGUCGCUGUCAUUAUGGACAACUUUGACUACCUGACACGUGAUUGGUCUAUUUUAGGUCCUCAUCAUUUGGAUGAAUUCAAACGGAUAUGGGCAGAGUAUGAUCCAGAAGCAAAGGGAAGAAUUAAACAUCUUGAUGUGGUAACACUGCUCAGGCGCAUUCAGCCCCCACUAGGGUUUGGCAAGUUCUGCCCUCAUCGUGUGGCCUGUAAGCGGCUGGUGAAUAUGAACAUGCCACUGAACAGUGAUGGGACUGUUACUUUCAAUGCCACACUCUUUGCCCUCGUUAGAACUGCCCUCAAAAUUAAAACUGAAGGUAACUUUGAACAGGCCAAUGAGGAGCUAAGAGCCAUAAUCAAAAAGAUUUGGAAGAGAACCAGUAUGAAACUUCUUGACCAAGUCAUUCCACCAAUAGGAGAUGAUGAGGUAACAGUGGGCAAGUUCUAUGCCACAUUCCUUAUCCAGGAGCAUUUCCGUAAGUUCAUGAAACGGCAAGAAGAAUAUUAUGGAUAUCGACCAAAGAAGAGUGCUGUUGAAAUUCAGGCAGGCCUUCGUAGUGUAGCAGAUGAGGUAGCACCUGAACUGCACCGUGCAAUAUCUGGAGACUUGACUGCAGAGGAAGAGCUUGAGAGAGCCAUGGAAGAUGCAGCAGUGGAAGAAGGGAUUUUCAGGAGGUCAGGUGGCUUGUUUGGUAACCAUGUGGACACCUUUGGGAUAGAAAGAAAUAGUCCUUUGCAGAGUAAUCCAACACGUCAUCGCCCCUUACAACUUUCUGAAACAAGGGAGGAUGAACUGGAUUCACCCAGCUACUUGCCACCUGAUGUGGAUUUCUUCUCUGCUGCAGCCAAUCAGAAUGUGAAUAAUGCUAACAACAAUGAAGUAACCAGGUUAUACUUUGAGAAUGAACAGUUUGCAGAAGGGCCAAGAAUGUAUGCUGAUGAUAGAGGCAGUGCCUUGAGACAUUUUCAUCCCUGCUCAACAUCAGGGACAAGGCACCCAGCUUGUGAGAAUGACAUGAGGAAGCAGGCAGGGGAACAAAUUGAAAUGCACAACAGAGUGAAAGAAAACACAUACGACAGUGUGAAAGAAACUACAGAAUCACAUGACUUGACAAUGCAGAUCACAGGAGCUGAAAUCAGUACCCCAGAGACAAGGCAAAAUACUUUGGAAGAAUGUGACUCAUUACCAGGCAAGCAGCAUCGAGAGCAAGAAACGACUUCCACUCCCGUUACUGAUAGUCUCAUACAGGAGGCACUGAAUUUUGGUGGGCUUGGGAUUUUAGCAGAUGACCCAAACUUUGUCAGGGUAACCAAGCAGGAGAUGGCUGAUGCCUGCCACAUGAACCUGGAAGAAGUGGAUAAAGAAGCUAUGCAGUCACUCAGAAAACAGAGAAGCCAAGCAGAAUCUCCCCUUUCCUUCCAGACAGACACCUCCAAGAUAUCUCUGCAGAGCAUGAGGGAAAAUGAUGGUUCAGCUGUCAGUAUGGGAUCGUUUUCUGUUAGCCAGCUCUAGAUGGGUUUUAUAAAUCUAGGAGUCUGUUAGCACCACAGAUUUGUGUGUCUUGUGGACAACAUCACAAAUUUGUGUGUAUCUGUAGUAUUCCUUUGAGAUUUACUUGAUGGGCACUAUCUUGAACAAAUUGCAUCUACCUGUAAGAAUUUGUACUUAUUUCUUUGUUAAUCAGAUGGGCUAAGCACUGUCAUUUUAAGCAAGAAAGAGAUGCAACUGUAAACAAAAACUCAGGAAUACAUAGUAAGAUUUGUUGGGAGAAUUGCCUUCUAAACCUGAACAACAAGGGUAGAACCUCAGUUCAGAAAUUCAUUGUACAUGACAAUUAAAAAGACAGUCAAAGGAGUAACGUUGUCCAGACAAUGGGAUCUGUGGUAUGUGAAUAAAAGGAAAUCCUGAGAAUGAUAAA